AUGUCCGAAAAAGACGCUCCUAAAACUGCCUCCUCUGUCUCGCAAGGACACUUUGAAUUUACAAGGAUGUCUUUUGGGCUAAAAAACGCCCCUUCAACAUUCCAAAGGUUUAUGAACACUGCCCUAUCUGGCCUGCAAGGACUCCAGUGCUUCGUCUACCUAGAUAAUAUCGUUAUUUACUCAUAUGAUCUUCAAACACACAUUAAUAAUCUUUCCAACGUCUUUGACAGACUCCGACACUUCAAUCUUAAACUCCAACCAGAUAAGUGCGAAUUUAUCCGAAAGGAAGUGUCAUAUCUUGGUCAUAUCAUUACCAACGAGGGGUUAAAGCCAAAUCCAGAGAAAACCAAAGCUGUUCAACAAUUUCCCCAACCUCGAUGUCCAAAAGAUAUCAAAUAUUUAAUGGGAUUAGUGUCAUACUAUCGAAGAUUUAUACCAAAUCAACUAAAAAUUCAAAACCUCUUAUAA